GGAAAUUUUCACAUCACGAGUUGAUAAUAAUAGCACAGAAAAUCUACUUUCGGUUUGUGAUUUUUUGACAGAAAACCCCAAAAUUUUCAUCAUACAAAGCAUUAGAAUUCUGAACAUCUGUGAUAACUAAAGAGUUUAGAUGGAGGUAAAAGGCUUUCGAAUUCACGACAUUCCUUCCGGGGUCACCACAAAUGAUCUGUCUAUCUACUUCGAAAAAUCCCAAAAUGGCGGUACAGAACUAGAAGAGAUAUAUUACCCACUCUCUGACAACAGUGCUGUUAUCGUCUUUACAAACGAUGAAUACAAGCGUGCCUUUGACAAAGACCACGCCUUGAACGGCAAGAAGUUGGCUCUUAGUAGGCUUCCGGUUCAGCUUUUCUCGAGCACUACCGUAUAUCUGGAACAAGCAAUAACACAGCUGCUGGACGAGAACCCUCCGCUUAUGAGAAGCCUUGAAAAUGAAAGCGAUAUGGAAGUCAUGUUCGACGCGAAAUCCAUGACAUACAAGAUUUGUGGGAAUUCCUUCCAAAUUGAAUGGGCGACAAAGUACCUGACUGACAUGUGGCAGAAGAAUCAAGAAAACAAGAGAACGAACCCCAAAACGCCCAACGGUAAGGAAGAGGAGACGAAAGAAUUGGAAGCAAGGCGCUCUCCACAGAUGGCGGAAAGCACAGAUUCCGACUCUUCCGAUAACGUCUCAUAUGCUUCGCCCUCGCUUUCGUUAUAUAAACGCAAGGAAAAUAGCAGGGAAAUAGAGCGCACUCUAAGUCCGUCGUUGGAUCAUGAUCAUUUUUCGAACGGCUCCAAAAAGACUAAAAGAUCAACAGCACCUAAUGCUCCACAGCAGAAAAGUUUUUCAGACAUGGAAAUGUUACACCAAACCGGUUCAAAUAUUGUCGCUGAUCGAAAGACGGAUUCUCCUCUGAAAAUGUCAGAUUGUAAGCUUUCGCACAAUGAUCCAAGAUCAGGUAAACCACACCCUGUAAAAUCGCCAAACAUGGACAGAGGGUCUUACCAAACAAGGCUUCAGAACCUUUCAGACAUAGAAAAAUCAAAGUCUCUCUCCAAAGCAUCCCAUGUUCCACAUCCCAGAACCUUUCAUUUUAAAUCGGGGGUGUCAAGAGAACAGAUGAGAGUCCCUAUGGUGUUUAAUAAUUACAAUAGUGACUCGGAUGAAGACGGCAAUGUUGGCAGUAGAAGUCCAAUAGGCUUUUCAACAAGAGAAACACAGAUGAUGCGUCGACGACCUCCUCCUCCUCCAAGACCACGAGAUCACCCCAUCGUCCACCCUCGUCCCAGUAGGUCCUUUCAACCGGGCAUGUCCCUCAGUCAGACCGAUUUUCCUGACCUGGCACUAGAGUACGAAUCGCCCGUGGGAUCUGUGAUUGUGAAACUAGCCAUGGGCGACAUCCUUGCGCAGAAGACAGAUGCCAUUAUCAGCCCCGCCAGCACAGACCUUAUAACUUUUUUCGGAAUAUCUGCCGUGAUCGCUAGAAAUGCCGACAGAAAGAUGAAAGAAGAGUGUGCGAACCACGUUACGCAAAAUGGAAAUCUUCUCUUUGGUGACGUCAUUCAUACCUGCGCUGGGGGGAACCUUGAUCCGAAGGUGACGUACAUUCUUCAUGCUGCUGUUCCAACUUGGCGGGAAGACAUCCCAGAACAGUCCGCGCAUUUAUUGACAUGCACUUAUCUCAACUGUUUCCAAUAUGCCGAAAAGAUCUGGCUCAGAAGUUUGUCUAUGCCUGUCAUAGGAGCUGGUUAUUUUGGUGCUCCAUUGGAUGCUUGCGUACAAUCCUUCCAUGACGCCAUUUUAUUGUUCACGCGCUUUCAUGAAAAGAAAGCCAAACAUCUUCAAGAAAUUCAGCUGGUUAGCAAUGACAGGGACAGCGCAUGCUCCAGCGUUGUUGUGUUUAAAUCCUUGAUGGACUUGGAGGAAGAACAGGCACGUAAAGCUGCAGUUGAAAGAUAUUGCAAAGGAAGUGAAAUGUAUGAUUUUUCGGCUCGCGAUUUUGUUCUUAGAAGAGAGGAAUCGAGCGGUGAUGAACGACAUGAAAGUGACAAUGAGAGGAGAUCCGAGGAUGUCGCUGAAAAUAAACUGAAGUAUCCUUCAAACGAAAAACUGGACAGUGAAUGCUCUGCCAAAAAGGGAUAUUCGAGCGCAAAUUCAACCGAUUCGGACGAAAUUGAUCAGUCUUUCCCGGCCAGAAGUCAAGUGGGACGCAAAGAAAAUGGAAGUGACUCAAAAAAGAAGGAAAAUAUAAAGGCUAGUCACGACGAUGAGAGAGACUUGUGGGAAGACGUAAAAAAUGAAAAUAGAAGUACAAACGGUUUCAGUUUCGAAGAAUCAAAACAAGAAAAUGCCCGCGACCGUGAUUUGCAUCAAAUGGAAUCAAGGGUAUCUUCCGGAGAAAAUGCGUCAUUUCCCACGGAGUAUACGGAGGUGAUAGACGACACAGCGUCAUCUAGCGUCAUCGAAAAAUUAUUGACGCGACGUGGUUCUGACUGAGAUGUUUUACUAAAAAAAAAAAAGGCUUCUGCUACAUGUAUUAACCAAGUUAAUCAAAUACAUGCAAUAUUGUUUUAACUGUCUGCGAUUUAGAUCAAACGCAUGUAAUGAUUUUUUAGUGCCAGCAUCUUAGGUCGCAAUAAAUUGAUGUGUAUAUAUGUAAAAUUCUGCAGACAAACCGAACACUGGUCAUUUUGAAUAUUUAUGAUACUUAUAUUUCAUUAAUGAUUGAAGAAAAAACUUGUUAACGCUAUGGCAAGGAAGUACAUGUAUUUAUUAUUAAAAACCACGAGCGAAGGAGACGGAAACAAAGCUUAUAUAAUCAUGAAUUUGUGAAUUACCAAACUGAAGAUUGCAAGGAACAUUCCCUCUCACAUUACUCAUUACAUCACAGGUUUUGCCAGAACCUUCUGUCGACAAUUGUUAUACUGUAAUCAAUAUUAUGUACACGUGAUUUGAAACUCGCAUCAGGACUGUGCGUGGGUUAUUUUGAUGGAUUUUUGUUAUUGCUGCUGUUGUUGUUUUUGGGUUAUUUUUAUGGUUAAAUUGUUGCUUUGAAAAAAAUUACCGAUAUUAAAACAUGUUUAAUGCAAAAAGUUACAUUAUUUUGAAAAAUUAAAAAAAAAUCAACAGAUUACUGGAAAAUAAACUACUACCGGUAUUGUAAAUAAUAGCAAGUCUACAAACAUUCUGCAGUGUACAACGCAUGUACAAUGUAUGAAUGCUAUUAAUGUUUAUGUAUGCCAUGGUUUCAUAAACGUGCAUAUUUAAAAGCCGUGAAUUAUAAAGAAAAUAAAAGACAAUUUACUUAACCCCAUAUCCAAAACAAAUAUCAAAUUAAACCACAUGCGUGCAUUUAGUAUACUAUGAGAAUAGAUUUUCAAAAUAUACACAAUCAUUCCAUACUUUUAGCUGUACUCUGAUAUACAUGUAUGUAAAGUUCUGAUAUGUAGUACGGUAAAAUAUAAGUACAUAUGUAUGUGAGUUUAAAGACGGUCUUUGCCUAAAUUUCGUAUAAGAUCAAGACCUUUUGAUUUAGAAUUUUGUCCUGGUAUUUAAAUGAAAUAGGGCAACAUAUGAAUCGAUUAGAGGGUCAAUAUUUUGCUGUCAAUUAAAUGUCGCAUACAUGUGCGUUAUUAGGGAUUAACUAAUUACAUGUACAUGGUAAAUCAAUUUUCUCGUCACGUUCUCAAAAGUGAAAUGACCCCUACACAACAGACAGACAUAACAAUUCUCCAUCAUUUUUUUUUUCAGGGACAUUGAAAACAUAUACUUUUUUUUCAUGGGAACAUUUGCAUGGCAGUAUUCACAUUUUUAGUAAUUGUUAUCAUUAUGUAAAUGCAUGUCAUUGUUCUUUUUUUUAAAAUACAAAAUGAGGUCAUAUAGUCAAGAACUUUGUUUCCUCACUGAAAAGAAAUAAAUUUGCAUUUCUGUA